CUUUCUUCGUUUUGCAUUCACAUUCACUCGCACACACAAUCCUCAUCAACCCGUCCAAGCGAACACUUGUCUUUAUAGACUCUAUUACUCUCUCGCUCUCUUGUACCCGCUCCCAAGCAUUCUUAUGCCUUGUUUUUCAAAAACGUUGGAUCCUCCGCACAUAUUUCAAACACCUACUUCUCAUCUACUUGUCUUUUCUUGAAUUACUACACUAUUCAACAUGGCUAAUCUGAAUAUCGGAGGUCAGAGCGAUGAUGCUUUCUACCGCUACAAGAUGCCCAAGCUUAUCUCAAAGAUCGAGGGCAAAGGAAAUGGAAUCAAGACUGUGAUUCCCAACAUGUCUGACAUUGCCCGUGCCUUGAGCCGCCCAAGCACAUAUCCUACAAAGUAUUUUGGUUGCGAGCUUGGUGCGCAGGUGAAGUGUGAUGAGAAGACCGAUCGUUACAUUGUUAACGGCGCUCACGACGCCGCCAAGUUGCAACAGCUGUUGAAUGGUUUCAUUCAAAAGUUCGUUCUUUGCCCCUCGUGCGGCAACCCUGAAACUGAUAUUAUUGUGGACAAGACUAGCACCAUUAUGAUGUAUUGCAACGCCUGUGGACGUCGCAACAAGGGCGAGAACGUUCAUAAGCUUGCAACGUACAUCGUUAAGAAUCCACCUGUCAACAGUGCAUAUGGAAAGAAGGGCAAGGGUGAAAAGGCCGAUAAGAAGAGCAAGAAGAACGGCACUUCGACCCCUCCUGAGGAAGAGGAAGAGGAUCAAGAUGAUGAUUUCACAAAGAAGAUCAAGGAGGAGGCAGCUGCCAUUCCUGAUGCUGACCACUACAAGUCAGCUUUGGGUGACGAUUGGUCUGUUGACACCUCUGCUGAAGGUACCGCUGCCCGCAUGAAAGAGUUGGAAGGCAAUGUUAAGACUCAGUUGACAUUGGACGAUGAUGAUGAAGAGGAGGAUGGUGAAAACCCCUACGAACUCUUUGGAAUCUAUUUAGAGGAGAAUCCCAAAGCAACUGAUGCUGAAAUCAUGGAGAAGGCUAAUGAACUCAAUAUUGUUGCCAAGUCACGCGCAGUUACUGUUUUGGUUCAAUGCAUCUUCACGGAUGACAUGGCUCGUGAGAUCAAGACCCGCAGCUCACUUUUGCGCAAGUUUGUUGUGAACGAAAAGAACCAAAAGGCACUUCUUGGAGGCAUGGAGCGUGUGUUGGUCACUUCCAAGACAUUGAUGCUAAAGGCUCCUUUGAUCUUGAAGGCGUUCUAUGAUAAUGACAUCUUGGAAGAGGAUGUCAUUCUUAAGUGGGGUGAGAAGCCUACUAAGAAAUAUGUCUCUCGCGAAGAGGCCAAGGAUGUCCGUACUCGCGUCGAGCCUUUCCUUCGCUGGUUGGCCGAAGCAGAGAGCGAGGAAGACAGCGAGGAGGAGGAUGAGUAAGGACUGGCUUUUUCUUAUUGACCUGGCUUUAUCAGCACUUUACACCAUUACAAUGUGCUGCAGAACAUUUUUUGUCCCCAAUGACAUGUCCUUCUUUGCCUUGUUCAACUUGGUCUGAAAAGCCAGAACCAUCAAUGUGCGUUAUGUUGUUUCUGAUUUUUUAUUCUUCAGUUUAUCGGUAUUUUUUACUUUAUUUUUUUUUAUCAGUGUCAGUUACAAAGAAGCAAUACCUAGUAACGCAAAUAAAUAAUAUUGGCGAUU